GGGCUGUCCCGGCGGGGGGGCCUCGGGGCCGGUGCCCUUUAAGCAGGCGGCGAGCGCGGGCUCCAGCGAGCCGCCCACUGCCCCCCCGGGAUCCUCCCCCGCCCGGGCGGCUCCCCGCAGAGGCCCGUGCGCAGGCCGGCCCUGGCCCCGCAGCCUCCGCAGCCUCCGCAGCCUGGGCGCCAGCGGACGCGGGGAGGGCCGGGCGGAGGCCGGGCGGGCGGGGCGGGGCCGGCCGGGCCAUGGCCUGGGCCGCGGCCGCGGCUCCCUCCUAGGGGGAGGGGCAGCGUCGGGGCGGGCGCCGCAGCCGGGGGACAGAUGGCCGAAGGGAGCUGCCCGGGCGGCCGCCAUGGCGGCCCCGGGCCCCGGCCGGGGGACCCCGGCGACAGCCUGGAAGCGCGGCCCGGCGGCUGGAGGGGGGCCCCCUUCGGAGCCACGGAGGGCAACGCAGGUCCUAAUCUGAAGGAGUGGCUGCGGGAGCAGUUCUGCGACCAUCCCAUUGAGCAUUGUGAGGACACCCGACUGCAUGACGCAGCCUACGUGGGCGACCUCCAGACCAUCCGCAGCCUGCUGCAGGAGGAGAGCUUCCAGAGCCGGAUCAAUGAGAAAUCCGUGUGGUGCUGCGGCUGGCUCCCCUGCACCCCGCUGCGCAUCGCAGCCACCGCCGGCCACGGCAACUGUGUGGAUUUCCUGAUUCAGAAGGGCGCUGAGAUCGACCUUGUGGACGUGAAGGGGCAGACUGCCUUAUACGUGGCGGUGGUGAACGGGCACCUGGAAUGUGCCCAGAUCCUCCUGGAGGCGGGCGCCGACCCCAACGGCAGCCGGCAUCACCGCAGCACCCCAGUGUACCACGCCUCACGGGUGGGCAGAGCUGACAUUCUCAAAGAGCUGAUCAGGUAUGGGGCGGAUGUGGACGUCAACCACUACCUGACUCCCGGGAUGCCUCCCCCUUCUUCCCGACGCCUCACCUCCCUGGUGGUCUGCCCAUUGUACAUCAGUGCCGCCUACCACAACCUCCAAUGCUUCAAGCUGCUUCUUCAAGCCGGAGCCAACCCCGAUUUCAACUGCCACGGCCCCGUCAACGUCCAGGGCUUCUGCCGAGGCUCCCCAGUCUGUGUCAUGGAUGCCGUUCUGCGUCACGGCUGCGAAGCUGCUUUUGUCAGUCUGCUGAUCGACUUUGGUGCCAACCUGAAUCUGGUGAAAUGGGAAGCCUUGAACGCUGAGUCAAGAGGCAGAGUGAAAGUGAAUCCAGAAGCUUUGCAGGUUUUCAAAGAAGCCAGGAGUGCCCCCAGGACCUUGCUGGGUUUGUGCCGGGUGUCCGUGAGGAAGGCUCUCGGCAAGUGUCGGCUGUACCUUAUAUCCUCUCUCCCUCUCCCCGACUCGGUCAAACAGUUUUUACUUUAUGAGCAGAGUUAAGAUGCAGGACGGGAUUAUGGGUUUGCUUCUCAAGGGGGAACGCAGGUGAUCUAAAGAACCAACGUGGUGUCUAUUCAUUACUCUAUCGCACCUGGAACCGUUAGAAAGUGUCCCAAGGAGCUGUUGGUAAAGACCUGCCUCGGUUAUCGCUGUUGUUAACCAGCUCUGGUGCUUUUGCCAACGCGCUGUAUUUUGUGGAGGAGCUCUCGGGCGGCUUUGAGCUACCCUCGGCUUAAUAAUUCAGCAUUGGGGGGAGGGGCACCACUGUGAGAUACGAUUUCCCUUUCCCUUGAUUUCCCCAUAUGGAAUUUUCCUCACUGAGAUGAUACACCCGCCUGCAUAUAGUUCAAAUUGGGAUGGAUUGUGCAUUAAGGGUCGGGUAUUAGAGGUCAGGGAGCAUCUCCAAAAGGACAAGGCAGUUAGCAACCUCCUGAUGUAUAUUCCUCUGUAUAUAUAUUUAUAUUUCUAAAGUGAAAUAUUUACUUCAACAUCUGGUGGGUGAAAAUAAUUAAUUUUGGGAAAAUACAUUUAACCAAAGGUAAAUGUUAGUCAACAAGCAUUUAUUAAAUACCUGCUCUGCCCCAGGUACCGUGUUGGGAACACAAAGACCGGCAAAAUCAGUCUUGGUCUUGGGGCGUUUAUGUUCUAAGGGAGGAGAUCACCUGGAAAAAGCAAGACAAGUAAGAUAGAGGCAGAGUAGGUCAAAGGUUAUCUUAGAGGGCUGACCGAGCAGAAACAGGCUGAUUUUUUGAUAUUCCUUGUCUUCUGUUGAGAGGUUCGCUGGCAUUUGGUGUUUGGAGGCGUGACAUAUCACAAAAUCACAAUGUGAGAGUUGUCAGGAAUCGUUUUGUGGAUGAUCUUGUGGUCAUCUCGUGGAUCAUCCAAGUCAUACCUCCAAGGAAGCCCUGUUAGCACAUAUUCAACCAAUAUGCAUCUUUCAGCUAUACACAAUUGAAUGGCUUCUAAUGACUCCCAGAGAUGCCAUGGAGGGAGACCAAGGUCCAGGACAAGGAAGACGAGAUGUUCCUUAAACUCAGCCCUGUUCAGACCAGUUGGAAUAUUUAGGGUUAGAGGUGGGAGUUGGGAGGUUGGGUUCGGGUCGGUUCUUGGGGAAAUAUUUUUGGAACAAGACUGACAGAAUAGGAAAUAUUCAGUGGAGGGCAGCCAAGAUGGAAAUGGCGGUGAAUCCCGUGCCAUCUGACAAGGAUUUUAAAGAAUUGGGGAUGUUCAGGCUGGAUAAAAGAAACUUUAGGGGGGUCAUGGAAGAGCAGAUUGACCUGUUCCCUUUGACCAACAAGGCCCAAUGGAUGGUACUUGAAGAGACAAAUUUACCCUCAAUUGAUGGGAAACUUUAUAAGAAAUGCAACUCUUCCGAAAUGGAAGGGACUCAAUGGAAGAUGGAGAGUUUCCUCUUCUUAAAGGUCUCUAAGUAGUUUCUGAUUGGUCACUUUGGGGUGAGGUUCCAAAUGGCUUUCCUUUUAAGAUGUGGGCUGGACGCAACAGCAUCUCCAGGCCCCUCCCACUCUGACAUUUUCUCUUCCUUCUCUUCCUUCCUUAGUGAGUUAGACCAACUUUCUUUGCUCUCUUUUAAUGUCCUUUCAAAGAUCCUUUCUCAAUUGUAUUUAUUGCAGGUUAAACGUUGAUCUCAGUCUCCCCUCAUUUCACACAUGGAGUAGUCACAACACUGACCUGUCAGUCCAAGUGUGAGAGCCUGGAAUAACUCUCAGUUUCUCCACUUUCCAUGCCCCAAAUGAAGCAGAUUUCAUGAACAGAUGGGUCAGUUUCAGAGGCUAUAACCAAACAAAUGGAUCGAUAUUUAAGCAUUUAUUAGGCACCUAUUGUGUACAAAACAUUUCCCUGAGUGCUGGACAUAUAGAAUACCAACAUGAAAAAAUGCCCACCCUCUAGAACUUUUCAUCAUGUAGGGAUUCUCCCAUCUGCACCUAUUUAUGGAUGGAACAAGUGUUAUACCAACAGCAUUCACUGCCAUCACAUAUAGGACAAUCAGUCAAGGAACAAGCUUUGAUUAAGAACCUACUAUCUGAGCCCUGAAGUUAGGAGGACCUGAGUUGAAAUCUGGCCUCAAACACUUAUCACUUCCUAGCUGUGUGACCCUGGACAAGUCACUUAACCCCAAUUGCCUCAGCAAAAAAAAAAUACAUUAUUAUAGAUAUAUAUUAAAAAAAAGAACCUACUAUGUUUAGUGUUAGGGAUGCAGAGGCAGAAGUGAUGAGAUCAAGCUCACAGGAUCCUCUUGGUCUCUGAGUGAAUCUUUGAGGCCUUUUAUUAGGGCAGAGGGUGGAUCCUGAGGCUGAGAAAGGAAAAGAGACUUUCCCAGACACCCACAAUAUUGUAAUAGUGACAUUUCUGUGAUACUUUCAGGUACUGUUUACAAAGCACUUCAUGUACAUUAGCCCACAUGAUGAUCACAUCAGCCCAUUGAGGUACACAGAUACUAGAGGGGGCACUUAGGUUUUACUGGGAGGAAUAUGAAGUUCAGAAAACAUAAGGGACCCACCUGAAGUCAUACCAGGAAUAAAUGUUGUCAAUGAAAGCCUUUCUCCCUCUGACUCUCAGACUCAUAUCCUACUCUUUGGGUUUAUUGACAAGCAGAUUCUUGCUGGGAGGGGGUGGCAGCCCCAAAACUCUUUUCUCUUUUACUGGGAACCAUGAUUCUUUGACCUUCAUUGCUGUGCAUGGAUUCGGGGGCAUCCUGGUAUCCUUAGUACCUUUGAGUCUCUGAGGGUGGGACUGCUCAGCGUGCAAGCAAAUGGUGAUUUAUUCAGUUGAUCCAAUGAGAGGGAAAAAAGUCAGUCAAACCAGUUGUUUAAUCGAACUGGUCAGUGUGGGCAGAAAAAUAGAGCCUGUUCUCUUGUUGGGAUGGCCAGAAGUCACAAGGCAUCCCUAUCCCACAAAGUGUACAUCUCCCUGAGCUUGGAGGUUCUUUCCAGGCUGAUAUUUAUGGUCCUACCUUGGAAUUAGCUCAAUUCACUGAACAUUCAUCAAGUGCCUCUGAUAACAUGUACAAGGAUCUCAGCGUCAAAGGAAUAUAGGAUGCUUGAGGGCAGGCUUGGGGCCAUUUUCUUUUGUCAUUAUAUACCUGUCGCUGUGAUCGGCAUAUUGCAGGCGCUUAAUUAGGAAUGUGAUGGAGCUGGGGUAAUGUGGAUACAAAAGUGUAAACAAAAUCAUCACUGCCUCUGAGGAGCUUCCCUUCUACCAUGCUCUUCAGGUUUGAAAUCUGACUAUGGCAUUGGUGCCAUUACUCAAUAAAAUUAUAAGUAGGUAUGGAAAGAUACAAUCGGCAAGGACAUUAAUGGUUGUCAGUCUCCCCUCUCCCUAACUAAUUUUCCAGAUGAAGAAAGUGAAUUUAAGAGAGGGGGGAAUUGCAUGCUGAUGGUACCAUAUCUAGACCCUCUGUCUCCAGAUCCAGAGGCCUUCUUUUAUAUGAUCAUUCAAGAGAUGGAGAAAUUGGAUCCUAUGGAACCAUAAGCACUUGCUCUUGGCCAUACUAGAACAUGGAUUAGAAACCCAAAUUCUUUCCACUAGACCCUGAUGUCUUCUCAGCUUCCCAGCUCAAGGGCUCUUUCCAUGGAGCCUCACCUGAGCUUUCUUCCCUGAAAUUACUUCAUGUUUACUUUGUCUACAUUUUGGCUUAAUGAUCUAUGUCUUUUUUCUAUUGCCUCUGUUUCUUCCUUGUCUAGAAUGUGCGCUCCUCAAGGACGGGCGCUACUUUUUUUUGGUCUCCAGUCUUCAUUUAGUCUCCAACCUCCAUCGCCUAAUACGCACCUAACAUAUAGUAGGCGAUGAAUAAAUAUUUGUUCAAUGGAUGAUUCGAUUUUCAGUACGGAUUCAGGAAGAAGAGAAAGAUUCAAUCCAAUUGAACUUAUUCAAAAGAUUCAUUGAACAAAUUUUGAGGGGGUUCAGGGCCAUGCCUAGCUUGUUACCAGGUUCCUGAGUUUAAAUUCUGGGUCCUCAAGCAAAGUGUUGUGGGGGGACCUCUUCCUAGCCCAUCCCCUAUUCUUUUCCUGGACACCUCAGGUUUGCCAUAGAUGUCUGAUUUUCUAGGUGAAUGAAUUGGGAGGCAGGUAAGGUCCCACAUUCUCCCAUCUCAGGCUGCACAAACAAACUGGAAACCAUUAAAAUUGGCCCAUAGACAUGCAUCCUGUUUGUUAUGGCGGUGAAUGAUUUCACAUGGAGGGAGACAAGAUGCAGAGAUGAUGGAGUGAAUUGGUCACAUAUGAGAGAACGCCAAUGUUCCCUCAGAGGGCACACGGCCCCGCUGGCCCACUGGCCCGAAACCUUGACGGAGAGCUGGAGACCUUCCUAAGUGCUUGUGAUGGGCACUAUAAAUGCACUGGGCAAUGAUAGGGGUACUUGGAAUUGAGAUUUUGCAAACUUUGGGGUUUCACGUUGCUGACUGACAAAAGGGGGCAUAGGUGGCUCCUUUUUAGUCAUAUAAUUGUGGAGUGAGUAGGGAGCAGCCCCAAAGUCAAGAAUCCCUGGGUUCAGUCCUAACUCUGGUAUAUACAGGGCGGGGGUGACAAGUCCCCUAAUUUAUUCAUGCUCUAAGCUGCCCUCCAAAACUAAAAGUUGUAGAAAAAUGACCAAGCUCUGUUGGUUAAGGGAAUUUCCUCAUACAAGAAUCCCCUUGACCAAUGAAGCCAGAGAGCUGGUCUCUGGUUCUUUCUUUGUUUUGAUUUGGGUCUGUAUGUAUGGUUUUAUGGAUGUGUAGACACCCCCUUCCCUGAGACAGAUCGGCCACUCAUCUGCACCCUGUCAUCCAAGAGUAUGUCCCGUUCCAUCGAGAGAUGACCGACUUGUCUGGGGUUGGUCAAUCAGUAGAAUCAGCGGGAACAUGGGGACACAAACCUAGUCCUCUCUUCACAAUGUCAAACUGUAUUCAGUUUCCUUCCAAUUCAUUCAUUCAUAUUCUUUCAACAAUCUUUUAUUAAAACCUAUCAGUUAGUUCUUAAUCCCUGGGAACCGACUAGCUUAAAUGGCAGCGUCCCCCCCUUUGGGCUAUUUUUAUUUUAUAAAAGGUUCCAGGCUUUGGGUGGCCAGGAAUCCCCGCUCACCUUGGGGUGAUUUAUACCUCAUUAACAGUUUGGACAUUGGGGAAAUUUAAUUAAAAUUUCAACUCCUCAAAACUGGGGCCUUUUGUGAACCUGCCCAACCCUCGCCAUUUCCCAGGUCUAUAAUGUUUGGUGCCAGCUCCUGUUAUUGAGCUAAAGGCCAACUUUUCGAGGUGUUUAAGCCUUUCCAGAUUGCAGGCUGACACGCUAAAAGCUGAUAGUGAGAGAGGGAGGAAAGAAGCAUAUAGUAGAUGAUAUGACUGAGGAAUCGGAAACCAGAGGCUCAGACUGGAGGGAACCAGAGACAGCGGGUCCAUGCCAGAUUUAAAUAAAGGCCCCUCGGCCACCCUCCAGCCAGGACCCUGCAGCCUCUGAGCUCGAAUCCAUGGGCUUCCAAGUGGUUCCUCAGAAAAAUCGCAUUAGCUGGGCGGUUCACUGUUUGUUUGUCUGUGAUUAAGAAGAUCAGAUGGAGGUGAUGGUUUUGGGGGACGUUCUUUGUGAACUGAAGUAGUCAGGGGGAUGUCAGGGGCUGCCGCCAGUGCUGGCGGGGACCUUAAGCUUUUUUAUGAGACGACAAUAGUUCCAGAAAUGAAUUGUGUUUUUCAGGAAUAUGAGAGCCUGGUGGUACCUCAAUGGGACACACAGCAGGGUAUGUCUAUGGCUUGAACUCCCAUGUUUACAUAGCAUUCUAAGCUUUAGAGCAGGGAGGGUCCUUAGGGGACAAACCUGUCAUUCUAUAGAAUGAAACCUGAAAGGGGAAUAAAUCCCUAAAGUCAGACAACCCUCAUGGGUCAGAAGCAGGACUUGAAGACAUUCUGACUCCAAAUAGGACUCAACUGUCCCAUUCUGCCUCUUCUUGAUUAUUGUUACUAUUAUUAUUAUCAUUGUUAUUAUUACUAAACCUCAUGAGAACCCCAAGAGAUGGGUGCUAGCUUAUCCCCCUUUUACAGAUCAGGAAACAGACUGAGAUGCUAAGACUGUGUCCAGGAUCACAGCUGUUCAGGGUCAGAUUGAUGAACUCUGAGACGCGCUGCCCCUCCUAAAGAAGCAAGGAAGUGUCCGAGGAAAGUCUGGACUGUCCAUAUUAUGAGAUUUUCUCAAAGGGAUCUUCCCUAAUGCAUGUGGGAGCUCUUCAUUUUCUCACCUUCCAAUGGGGAUCGACUUCCAAACAGUGAGCUCUUUUCAGCUGGCGGGGGUGAUCUCUGCUGCUGCUCCCCUUCUGUUUGAUCCAGGCUCUAUCCUGUGGAACAAUAAUUUUCCCUGGGAUUUUGGCCUGAGCAGGAAGGCCCCCAAAUCUGCCUCUGCAGGGGAUGCUCUGCUGAGAUGAGGACAAUCACAGGAUCCUCUCUCUGUAGCUGGAAAGAACUCGGAAGUCACCUAAUCGGAUGCCCUCAUUUUUCAGACAGAAGCUGAGUUCUGUCCAGUGAUCCUCAUGCUGAGCUUCUAAUCUCCCAUCCUAGAAUGGUAACUUGAUUUGGGCCUCAGUACCAUGCAAGUAUUCCAGGCUAGUCCAGAAAUCCUUUUUUCUUGGGCCCUGGCUUCAGCCACAGUCUUAGAUGAAAGCAGAAAGUUUCUGAACCCCACACAAAACUAAGGUGGGGCAUGAAGCACUUUGCCCAGGGGUGCCAACAUUUAGAGGGUGCCAGUGACAUUUGAAUCCCUUUAGAAAGUAGAACUACUGAAUUUGGGUUCUACUCAGCAAGCAGAAUUAAGCUAGUGAGCUGUCCAGGGUGAAUUUCCUCAUCCAAAGAGUCAAGCUUAUUUUUGCUCUGCUUCCUUCACUCAAUCUGCUUUAGCCCUUGAUUUCUACCCAUGAAGUCCAGUGUCCUGGGGUCUCUCACCACCAGAACCUUAGUUCUCCUGUCUGAGGCCACCUGUUAGGUCUCUCCUUCCACAACUGAACUUUUAAAAAUAUAGUUUGACAAGCCUGGUAGCCCAUUUUAUAGUUCUUGUGUAGAUGGAGCCAUGACUUUGCCCCUGUCCCCACCUCUCUUCCAGUGUCCAGCCCCUAGUGCUACCUUGUGGUCAUCCAAAGUUGACCCCAAAGCAUAUCUGCACUCCCUGAAGCACCCUAGUUUCCACCAUUAACCUUUCCUGGUCUCUGACCUUAAUCUAAGCUCCCGGCUGUCUGAUUGAGAUACCUCAAACCCGUUCAAUU